GCAGACGUUGGCUUUGAAACGGUGGUUGCGGGUAGACUUAACGGUUGUUGGUUGCAUAGGAAUUUCUCUUAUUCCAUAAUAUAUUAUUCCGUUAUAUAUUUAAAUUGAAUAAAAAAAUUAAAAAUAUUUUAGUUGUAGUAAAAAAAUAUAUAUAAAAAAUAAAAAAAUAUAUAAAAAUAUAAAAUAAAUAUUAAAGGUGAAAAUAUUUGCCCAUCAAAAUGCCUAAAAUUGAUCCGGAAACUCAAAAACUCUAUGAUGAAAUCAACGGAAUGAUUCAAAAAUUUAAGGACGACCAAAAAGCAAAAGCGGACUGUACAUGGGCGGAAAAAUGUGGCGAUAUGGGUGAUGUGCCCAAGCUGCGACUCAGUUCGAAGAAGAUUCUGAAGGGUCACAUAAACAAAGUUAAUUCAGUACACUUUGCUGGCGAUUCUAGGCAUUGUGUAACGGGUUCUCUGGAUGGAAAACUAAUCAUUUGGGACACAUGGACGGCCAACAAAGUUCAGGUUAUACCACUGCGUUCGGCUUGGGUUAUGACAGUCGCUUUUUCACCAUCGGGCAACUUCGUAGCUUGUGGGGGCAUGGAUAAUCAGUGCACUGUAUACGAUGUUAAUAAUCGUGAUGCUUCGGGUGUAGCCAAGAUGACUCGAGAACUUUUGGGUUACGAAGGUUUUUUGAGUUCUUGUCGUUUUCUAGACGAUGGACAUCUAAUAACUGGUUCUGGUGAUAUGAAAAUUUGUCAUUGGGACCUGGAAAAAGGUGUGAAAACAAUGGAUUUCAAUGGUCACGCUGGUGAUAUUGCUGGCUUAAGUCUGUCACCCGACAUGAAUACUUACAUAACAGGCUCGGUCGACAAGACAGCCAAACUUUGGGAUGUGCGUGAGGAUACAUACAAACAAAUGUUCUUUGGUCAUGAAAUGGACGUAAAUUCCGUUUUCUAUCACCCUAGUGGUCAAGGUUUUGCUUCCUGUUCGGAGGACCAGACAGCGCGCCUGUAUGACAUUCGGUCGGAUCAGCAAAUAGCUCAAUAUGAGCCGCCACAGAAAAAUACAGGCUUCACUUCCUGUGCGCUAUCAACAAGUGGUCGAUAUUUGAUGUGCUCAGGAAUCGAGGGCAAUAUUUACGCUUGGGAUACUGUUAAAGUUACACACAACGCCACUUUGCAAGGUCACGAAAAUCGCGUUACAUGCAUUGGCCUCUCGCCGAAUGGUAUGUGCCUUGCCUCUACUAGUUGGGACCAACAAGUACGCCUUUGGCUGUAAAUUCAGUGUUAACGAAACUUAUACUCAAGCGGAAUGUAUUCGUAAGCAAGCGUGUGAAAAUUUUAAAAAAUAUGUAAUUUCUCAGAGAUUAACUAAAAUGAAAUAAAUAUACUACAAAAUGCGCGUUUAUCAUGCUAUAUUA